UAUGACCAAAGCUAGUGGUUGAAAAUGUCUGGCUGUGUUGAUCUAAAUGCAACUGUGAGACGUUUUGGUUUAAUAUGUAUUUUCAACGUUUUGCUGUGGAUAUGCCCCCUUGGCGCUGUUAUUCAGUCUAUCGUGAUCGACAAACAGACUGGCAAGCUUCAGCUGGUCGAGGGCUAUCAUGCCGACAAUGUGGCUUUUGCGAAAUUCACAGAUGACAUCUCAAAUUCAGGCUGGGCCUAUCUAGAGGUGACCACAAGUGGGCGCCAUAAUGACACCAUGCAGGCGUAUGCUGCGGGGGCGGUGGAGGGUGCCGCUACCUCAGAGCUCAUCUACAAACACUGGAUGAACACUAUUGUUGACUACUGUGGGCCAUUUGGAUACGAUACCGUUUAUUGCCAGAAGUUAAAGGACUACAUCACAGCUAACCUUCAGUGGGUCGUAGAACAGAUCGAGAAACAGCCUGACUCAGCGUACUGGCACCAGGUUCGCCUUGCACUGUUGCAGCUCAGAGGGAUGGAGGACGCCUACAACGACCAGCUGUCUUUCUCUACGGCCAUCCCAAAACUCAACCCAUUCGGUUUUCUGUUGUUUCAGAUGGGUGGAGAUCUGGAGGAUCUGGAGGCUGCGCUGAAUAAGAGCAGACCAUCACGGACGCUUGGCUCGGGCUCCUGCUCCGCCCUGGUGAAGCUGCUGCCAGGCAACAAAGAGCUGUUGGUGUCACAUGACACAUGGAACACUUACCAGUCCAUGUUGAGGAUCAUGAAGAAGUAUUCCUUCUCGUACCACACUUCAUCAAAAGAUGAGCAGCCCAUCCCUGGGGCCAUUCAGGCCUUCUCCUCCUACCCUGGGUCCAUCUUUUCAGGCGAUGACUUCUACAUCCUCAGCAGUGGGCUGGUUGCCAUGGAGACCACAAUCGGGAACAGUAACCCUGCCUUGUGGAAGUACGUGGUGCCGCAAGGCACGGUGAUGGAGUGGCUCCGAAACAUUGUUGCCAAUCGUCUUGCACAGACAGGCAAGCAGUGGGCUGAUGUCUUCAGCAAGUACAACAGUGGAACGUAUAAUAAUCAGUGGAUGAUUGUGGAUUAUAAAGUCUUCACUCCAGGAAGGACUGAUAUCACAGAGGAGCUUUUCACUGUUCUAGAGCAAAUUCCAGGUUUCAUUAUGGUCCAGGAUAAAACCACUGAGCUUUACGGAGCAGGUUACUGGGCUAGCUACAACAUCCCGUACUAUGAAGAGGUCUUCAAUGCCAGCGGCUGCCAGGAGUUGGUUCAGCAGUACGGGCCCUGGUUCUCCUUCGAUAUGAAUCCAAGGGCUCAGAUAUUCAGACGGAAUCAAACCUUAGUGACCGAUCUAGAGUCUAUGGUCAGGCUCAUGAGGUACAACAAUUAUGAGAAAGAUCCCCUGUCCCGGUGUGAUGGCUGUAACCCGAAACAGAAUGGAGAAAACACCAUCUCUGCACGCUCCGACCUUAACCCUGCCAAUGGCACCUAUCCUUUUGGAGCACUGAAACAGCGGCCUCACGGUGGAACGGACAUGAAGAUGACGUCGUACGGCAUGUAUAAGGAGUAUCAGAUGCUGGCUGCCAGUGGCCCUACGUGGGACCAGGUGCCGCCGUUCCAGUGGAGCAGCUCUCCGUACAGCGACCAGCUGCACAUGGGCCAUCCGGACCGCUGGGCCUUCCCUACAGUCCAUGUCAAAUGGGACACUGUCUGAACUCAAAGUAGCACACAUGCAAACAUGGACAAAUGCAACAAGUAGACACACACACACACACGCACACACACGUCAAAUGGGACACACGCACACUCUUUUGCACAAAGCCUUCCUAAUCAUCAUGAUCAUUAUGUCUAAAUCAAGACGGAGACUCCAAGAUGACAGUAUAGAGAAAAGAAAGGACUAAGGAGUGAAAGGGAAAACACAAGCCAUGGACAGGAUUGCUGAUGUUUAAUCUGUCAGUGGUUUCAGAUUAUUUUUUUAAUUAUUGUUUUCUGUUUGAUUUCAUGAGUUUUCUGAAUAAAACAAUUUUUAAAACGAUGAAUAAGACAAGUAGCCUAUAUGAGU